UUCUCUUCAUAUAAUUUAGCCACAGGGGUAGAGAGAGAGAGAGGGGAGUUUCGUUAUGGAUUAUAUUUUAUUUAUGACAGACCAACAUUUGUGAAGAUAUACAAGAAGAUGGCAGUGGAGGAAUUCAAGCCAGAUCCUUACAUAGCAACUGCAAUGAAUUGCAUGUUGUGGAUAUUCUACGGCUUACCAAUGGUUCAUCCCGAUAGCAUCCUUGUUGUCACCAUUAAUAGCAUUGGACUUGCAAUGGAGCUCAUUUAUCUCUCCAUUUUCUUCCUUUAUGCCCCCAAUAAAGGCCGAGCCAAGGUUAUUGGAUGGCUUGCCCUAGAGAUUUUAUUUUUGGGUGUUGUAGCCGCAUGCACGUUGACAUUGCGCAAAACCCAUGCCCAAAGAUCGGACCUUGUUGGAAUUCUUUGUGUCAUAUUUGGAGUAUUAAUGUAUGCUUCACCUCUUACCGUUAUGAGGAAGGUGAUUAAAACAAAGAGUGUAAAAUACAUGCCAUUUUACCUCUCAUUAGCCAACUUUCUUAAUGGAGUUAUUUGGGUCACAUAUGCACUCAUUCGCUUUGAUCUCUAUAUAUUGAUUGGAAAUGGAUUGGGGGCACUAUCUGGAGCAAUACAGUUGAUUCUGUAUGCUUGCUACUUCAAGUCUACCCCAAAAGACGAUGAUGAAAACGGCGUCGUCGAGCCAUCUGAGCUUCAACUCUCCGGCGGCAAUGGACCGUCUAGACCAACAGUUUGAUCGUUUAUAUAUAUAUGUGUGUCAAAAGGCAAAAAAAGGACUCUUAAAUAUUUUCCAAGUAAAUUAACACGAAUAUGCAUGUAAAGAUUUUCAUAGUGUUUUUAGAGGAUUUUUCUUUUUCCUUUUUUUAAAUAGAAAUAGAAAAGAUAAAAAUUUCGUCCGAGUUCUUUGGUGGCAAGCUGAACGUACGGCUGUAGAAGAUAUAUGCUUAUAUUCAAAAUUAGUCUCUGAAAUAUGCCUCUUUCUUACUUCAUAAGCCCUAUUAAAGGUUCAAAGCAAUAGGCUCCAGUUGAAGACAUUGAGCCAAUAUUGCCUCCUGCAUUAAGAAGAAGAAGACCACCAGGGAGGCCUAAUAAAAAUAGGAAGAAGGAAGCUGAUGAAUUUACUACUGGUAAAGUCAGCAAAAAAAGAUGGGAAGAAAUGCUACAACAAGAGAAUAUAUGAUUGAAUCAGGUUCUGACUAUGCAUUAAUUUUCUAAUGCAUCACAUUUUAAUUUGCAUAUGCCAUGAAAGCUAUUUAUAGUAACUAUUUUCAUCUGCUGCGACAGGUCCUCAAUC